AUGUGUUGAACCGUGGAUGCAGAGAUUACAUGUUAUCUACUUUUUGGGGAGCGCUGGUAAGGAUCGCGUUUCGAAGGGGGGGAAUGGGCGGGUGGAGCUGCCGUGUUUCUUAUGCUGCGGCUGAGAUGAGUAUAAGCAGCUGGCGAACAGGUUUCUGCGUUUUGUUCUUUUGUUCGAGGGUAAGGAUGAUGUUUGAUGUGCAGUGUUUAUGCAGUGGGAUGAGUUUAGGCGGGUGGUUUAAGUACCUUCAUGUGUCGCCCUCUUUUUUGGGGGUACCUUCACUGUUCUGGAUUUCCUGUCCUUCGUUUUUUUUUGUGUUUUACUUUGCGUUGAGAGUUGAGCUCGGUAUCUUCUAUAUUCAGUCACUCUUUUUUUUUGUUUGUAUUUGGAUAUCGAACAUUCGCUCAAUUGAUAUUCCAAUCGAAACGGUCUCUUCAGACAUACUGAUUACAUUCAUCCAUUCUUUUUUCAUCAAUCACAGAAACAGGCUGUUCUAAUCCGUUAUUUUUAUAACAAACUACAUUCAUUAUGCGUCCAUCGCACUACCUUUCCCUCGCAACAGCGACCUCAUCCGUCCUCGCAAACGCCCAAUCAACCUCCUCCCUCAUCUCCACGGCCGCGCAAAUCGCCCUCUCCCUAAAAUCAACCUAUCCAAACCCUUCAGUGGCCCUCCUCCCCCACCCCUUCUGGUGGUGGGAAUCCGGCUCCAGCAUCGACGCCCUACUAAACUACGGCAUAGCAACGGGCGACAAGACCUACGAAGCGCUCGCAGCCAACACGCUGCUCAACCAAGCCACGGGCACAAACGACUUCAUGACGGCCGACGCCACGGGCAACGACGACCAAGCGUGGUGGGCGCUCGCGGCGCUCACGGCGGCGGAGCAAAACGUCCCCGUCGCACCGGGCGCAGUGACGUUCCUCGCGCUCGCGCAGAACGUCUUCGACGAGCAGAAAGCGCGAUACGACGGCGCGACGUGUGGCGGCGGGUUGAAGUGGAAGAUCAACGUCGGCAACGGGCUAGACGGGUGGCAUUACAAAUCGACCAUCACGAACGGGCUGUUUUUCCAGCUCGCGGCGCGGCUUGCGAAGCUCACGGGCGACGAGGAGACGCUUGCGUGGGCUGAGAAGGCGUAUGAUUGGGUUGUUGGGGUGCAGCUUAUCGACGGGGAGUUCAAUGUCUACGACGGCGUCGAGGACACGGAGAAUUGCGAGGUUGUUAAUAAUCCGCAGUGGAGUUACAACACUGGCGUGUUUAUCCUGGGGACGGCGGCGAUGGCUGAGCAGACUGGCGACUCGAAGUGGACGGAUCGAACCAAGGGGUUGAUAGAGGCUGCGCAGCGCAACUUUGUGCGUGAUGGCGCGUUGUUUGAGACGCGCUGUGAGGGCUCGGGGACGUGUAACUUGGAUCAGGUUUCCUUCAAGGGGACUUUGGCAAGGUGGAUGGGGGCUGCUGCUGAUAUCCUUCCGGAAGUGAGGGACAGUGUUGCCAACGUUAUGAACGAGAAUGCGGCGCUGGUGCAGGGAAGCUGGAAUGUGGAUGCGGGUGUUAUGGGACACUUUUCGUCCCUGGAGAUUAUGGACGCGGCUAUUAGAGCGAGGGGGGAGGCACUGGUCGCUGCGGAGGGGUUCCUGGGUCCAAAGGGUGCAGUGCAAAAUGUAGGCGCAGCGGGAAGCAAAAGAAGUAUCGCAGGGAGACUGUGGUGGUAG